AGACAGCUGACCAUCAACGGAACUGACCAACAUCCAAGGGAGUUUGCGAGUGAUCUGAGAAGGAUAUAAGAUCGAAAUCGCUCGGUGAUCAAGCCUGAGUGUCUGGCUAUCGAACGAGACGAGGGACGCCUAUCUUCCCCGCUUUGAGAGCUUAUCGAUAUCGACCAAGAUCCGCAAAACAUCGUCAUCCACGAAAGAAACCUCUCGCUUUGCUUCGUGUCCAUUGUUACCGAAGCAAAGCAAAGCAUCUCUACCGUCAGGCUUCACUCCCAACAACCUGACACGAGCUCGAGCUCGAGCUCCCAGUGACUCAUUGACGCAAUGGGCCUAACCUACAACACCUACCUCUCCUCCCCCUCCCGAAUCUACGGCUGCAAAAAAUGCAAAACCCACCUCGCAAUAAACGAAGACAUCAUCUCCCGCGCAUUCCGGGGCCAACACGGGAAAGCGUACCUAUUCGAGAACGUGGUCAACGUCACCACACUAUCACCACAAGACCGCAACAUGACAACAGGCCGCCACACCGUCCGCGAUAUCGUUUGUAGGGGGUGUAAUGAGACGGUUGGGUGGAAGUAUGAUAGGGCGUAUGAGACGAGGGAACAGUAUAAGGAGGGGAAGUUUAUUUUGGAGGCGGAGUUGUUGGUUUAUGUGAAGUAGGGCACUGCACGCACCGAUAGGUGGGUGCUGUGCGUGAACAACGCAGACAGGAGCGUGAAUGAGGGGGGUGAAGGACAGAGAAUGUGAGGAGAAGGAUGAGAAGUGGUUAUGAAUGGGGUUACGGAGAGCAUGUGGAUGACAGCUGUGUAUAUGAUGUACUGGGACCUAGCCUUUCGGAUUUUGCGGGCGUUUUGUUGGGUUUUGAAUUUGUUUGGGAUUCUUUGUGUCUUCUUGGUUUCGUGAUUUGGUGUUUUUGGUAGUACUUUCUC